AUGUCAACCACGACGACAACCACGACGACGGCGACGGCCACGACGGUCAAACCCCGACUGUUCAUCAUCGGUGCAGGAUCUCGCGGUCACGCCUACGCUCGCGCCGCCUUGGACUCGGGCUUAGCGGAGGUGACUGCCGUCGCGGAGCCCAAUGCCCCAAAGCGGCGUACAUUUGGUGGGAGAUACAUCUGGGGUCGAGCCAACCCUAAACCCGGUGCGGAAUACUCCUCGUGGCAGGAUUUCAUCGCCGCAGAGACACGACGACGGCAGCAGCAGCAGCAGCAGCAGCAGCAGCAACACCAACAAGGGAAUGGCGGUUUCCAAGAAGAUCGAGGAGACGAGUCUCAAGAUGGCCGCGUCGAUGCCGUCUUCGUCUGUGUGCCGGACCGUCAACACAGCGACGUCCUCCUCGCCCUCGCCCCCCUGAAUCUGCACAUCAUGAGCGAGAAACCCCUCGCGACGACCCUCCAAGACUGCCUCCGCAUCCAACAGGCCCUGUCAUGCCAGACGCCCGAGCGGAUCUUCGCCAUCGGCCACGUCCUCCGCUACAGCCCCCACAACAUGCUCCUCCGCCACCUCGUGCGGGAGCGGCGGGUCAUCGGCGAGGUGCUCUCCAUCGAACACACCGAGCCCGUCGGCUGGUGGCACUUCGCCCACUCCUACGUCCGCGGCAACUGGCGGCGCGAGGGGACCAGCGCGCCGAGCAUCCUGACCAAAUGCUGCCACGACGUCGAUUUCCUGCUGUGGAUGCUGUGCUCGCCCGUCGACGGCGCGCGAGAGGCGCCGCACCUGCCCGCGCGCGUCAGCUCCAGCGGCAGCCUGAAGCAGUUCCGGCGGGCGCGCAAGCCGCGCGCCGCCGGGGCCGCGACGACGAAUUGCAUGACGUGUCCGCUCUCCACGACCACAUGUGAAUUCUCCGCCUGGAAAAUCUACCACGACCGCCACCUCGCCCGGGGCAUGACGGCCUGGCCGCUGGACGUCGUCAACCCAGCCCUCGGAGCCAUCCUGCAGACGUCCGGCCCGGACGCCGCGGCGCACGCCCUCCGGACCACGCUCUCGGAGGACUACAUCCGGGGGCAGACGGCCAUCGCGGACAUCGAAGACCGCGGCUGGUACGGGCGGUGCGUGUACGAGAGCGACAACGACGUGUGCGACGACCAGUUCGUGGUGCUGGAAUGGGACGACGACGACUCAUCAUCAUCACCAGAGCGGGGCCCCAAGACCGCCGCCCUGCACAUGAUCGCGCAGACGCACGCGCAGUGUGAGCGGCGCGGGCGGAUCUACGGGACGCGCGGGGAGAUCAGCUAUGACAGCGAGACCAUCACCGUGCACACCUUCUCCUCCUCAUCCUCACCGUCCUCCUCAGACACAAACACAGAGACGUUCCACCCGCGCAUCCCGCCGGAUUCGCACCACGGCGGCGGCGACGCAGGCCUCACGACGCAGUUCCUCAAGGCGGUGAUAGCGACCCAGGAACAACAACAAGGAGGAGGCGGGAUGAGUGUCGCGCAGGCGCAGCGGGAGUUCCUGGGCGUGACGGUGCAGGAGGUCGUCCGCAGCCAUGAGGUCUGCUUCCGGGCGGAGGAGAGCCGGGUGGGGAGGAGGGUGGUGGAGUUGAGCGGGCUGAGGUGA